AUGAACAUCUCGUCGACGGACAUAGACUGAUCUAACUCCAACUUGCAGCCACAGUGACGACGACCUUGGGCAAACUUUCUCAGCCAUCUAUUGAACUGGAUUUCCAGACGUUUGAAUUUCGGGAUGGCAAUAACGACGCGCUCUCAAGUUUCUUCCGAUCGUCGAAAAUGGGAUAAAAUCUUUGACGGCCUCGUCAAAAUGCUUAAGACCCAACAAGAACAGCUCGAGUUUCUGGUCAAAGACAGGAGAUACUUGAAGAUUUCGUCAAGAAGCAGCGCGAGCGCUGGGAUGCAGAUAUUCGUUCGUAUGAGAUCUUCUCUCUCAGAUGAAAAAUGAUAUUAUGGCGCAAGAGAUGGCUCGCUUGCUUGAGAGUGCAAAAUCGAAUUUGUUGAUUGGAUUAAAACAAAAAGAGGCUUUUUGCUGCAAGCUGGAAUUAGAGCACACAGAGGAUGAGUUGGCUGAUUUCAAAGCCUGGUUUGACUUUCUCACUGAGAAUUCGAAGGAUAUUUCUUUGGAAGACUCCAUGAAUGCUUACAAGGAAAAAGCAGGAGGCGAGCAUAGCAGUUUAAAGGCUGCUGAUGAUAGGAGACUGGAAAGUGAAGCAAGAAGAUUAAAGCUUCAAUAUCAGGAUCUGGCUUCAGAAAAGAGCUGUGACGUAUCUGCACUUUUGAGAGAGAAUGGCUUUGCAUGGGAACAGUAUAGACAUUUGGAAAGUGAGCUCACAAGCAAGUUAAAGAGCAAGGAUGCUGAAGCUGCACAAGCAAAUGAAAAAGUUUCCAAUCUUCUUUUCCGUCUUGAGCAGCUGCAAUCAUCUGACCAUGACAAGGACAAGACAAUUGCACAAUUGAAAGUUAAGGUGGCUGACAUGGAGGCUAAGUCUAAGAAACAGAAUGCAGAAAUAGCUAGACUCUCACAGCAGAUUGAAUCAUUAAGGAAGUCUAGAAGUUCUUCAGUUACACCUGUGUUAAAGCGUUGUGCAGGAGCUAUAACAUUGAAUUCAGGGUCCUUGAACAGCAGUAAAGAUGGACAUAAUAUUGUUGUCAUGAAAGACGCAUCUCUUGCCCAAAUUCCUUGUCCUGCCAAAGGAACUGAAAAGGGAAGCUCGCGUGUAAAGAGAAAAGCAGCUGACUUUAUGCUGAUUUCAGAAACUCCAAAGUUGUUCACAUCUAACUUCAAGGUUCCCAAAUUGAAGAACUCAUCCGAAACUCCGAAGUUGCUUGCUCCCAUCUUUAAUAUUUGCAAUUGAGGACAGCCUCUCACAAUUUGAGAUGACACCCACAGUUAAUGUUAUGAGCAUGUUGUGAUCAUCAUGCAUUUUCUUGUAUCCUUCUGCAUUACUUGUAAAUUAUGUAAUUGUUGUAAGCAUGGAGCAGAUAUAUAUUUUUUUCUGUAAUUGAGGCAACCCGAAAAGUUUCUCAUACAUCUCCCAAUGACCUUGUUGAUUAGGCCAUCUCCCAAUGACCUUGUUGAGCAACAGAUCCUAAUUGGCCAGAUCUUGACUGAACCAACUCAAACUUCACAGUCCUCAGCCAGCAUAGCUCAUUAGUUGAAGCUGAGGAAUGUUACCUUGUGCAUGGGCAAUCUUUAAGGCUGUACUGUUAACUGAUAUUCCUAGUUCUGGCUCUCUUAUACUUCGUCUGUUUCCUCCACUUCUUUUUCGUUUAUUACUCCAGGGUAGAAAUUUUCUGAUUGUGUUAUAUUCAUGUUCUGUUUUAGUAGUAUUGGAUGUA